AUGGGAAAGGGUUAUGAAAAUUAUAUGUCAAAAAAAUGGUUUCAUCCAACGAAUAUUGGAAAUAUGAAACGUCAAUAUAUGGCUGAACAAAAAUCGGCUAAUGAAAAACGACGUCAACAAGAAUUACGUGAACAAUAUGAACGUGAACAAGAAUUAUUUUCAAAUAAACAAUUAAUGGGUGAUGAAAAAGCACGUCUUGGUCUUUCUUUUAUGUAUAAUCCACCAGCAGGAAUGGCUAAACAAGAAGAACAACAACAUCAAGAACAAGAACUAAGACGUGCUGAUGGAACAUUAAUUAUUAAAAAAGAUGAACCAAAAUUUGAAUGGCAAAGAAAAUAUAAUGCACCAAGAGAAUCAUGGGCGAAAAAUGAUGAGAAAAUUCGAGAUCAACCUUUUGGUAUUGAAGUUAGAAAUGUACGUUGUAUAAAAUGUAAAAAAUGGGGUCAUGUAAAUACGGAUAAAAUUUGUCCAUUAUAUGGAAAAUCUCGUUAUGAUAAUGAUUCAAAUCAUCCAAUAAGUCAAUUAACUCUAACACAAAAUAUGCCAACAACAAAUGAAUUAAUUGAAGAUUUACAUACUAAAGGUUUAGCUAUGAGACGUGGUGGAGCAGAACAUAUGAUAGCUCAUAGUGAUAUGAAUAAGGAUAUGACAAAUCGAACAAAACAAGAUGAAUUAAAAAUAGAAUUAAAAUUUUUAAAACAACUACCAACACAAAUGAAACAUCGUCUUGUUAAACGUCUAAAACUUUUAGAAAAACAAGGAACACUUAAAGUUUAA